AUGGUGAUAUUAUACAUAGUGAACGUGAUUCGGAAUCCAGUGUGUCUGGCGAGAGUGAAAGUGACGAGGAAAGGUCUGAAGGAGAAUCAGAUAGCGAUGAAGAUGAGGAACAUACCAGCACUUCGACAUAAAUUUAGAGGACAAUCACAGAUCGACUCACUGACUGCUUGGAGCUAUAUUUUCAGUGAUGAUAUGCUGAACGAAAUACUCACAUGGACAAAUGAGAAACUUGAAAAAAUUCGUGGAAAAUACACGAAUACGGACAGAAUAGAAGUCACACCUUGUACAAUGUCUGAAAUGAAGAGUUUCAUUGGCCUUCUUAUAUACACUGCAGUAUUCAAAUCGAAUAACGAAGACAUACGUUCUCUCUUUUGUACUGAUGGGACUGACCGUGAUAUUUUCCAUAUCACUAUGUCAUCAGAAAGAUUUGCUAUAAUUCUCAACUGCCUGAGAUUUGACAACCCUGAUGACAGGGAGUUAAGUAAGGUUCCUGAUCCAGCAGCUGGUACAACAAACAUUCUACAUAAAUUCAAGGAAAAUUCGCAGUGGUCCUAUAUUCUUGGGGCUAAUGCUACAGUUGAUGAAAUGCUAAUCGGUUUCAGAGGAGGCUGUAAAUUCAAAAUGUAUAUUCCAUCUAAACCGGGGAAGUACAGCCUGAAGCUUCAGUGCCUCGCCGACUCCAGGACUAACUACAUCUUCAACACCUAUCUCUACUGUGGAAAAGGUACUGAUGGAGCAGGACUUUCCCCAGACGAGAAGGAAUACGCCGUUCCCACUCAGGCUGUCCUCAGAUUGUGCAAGCCAAUAGCACAUACUAACCGAAACAUUACUGCUGGUAACUGGUAUGUGCCAAUCGAACUUGCAGGUGUGCUACGGAAAAAUGGUUUGACCACAGUGGGAACAAUGCAUCCCGUAGACGUUAAGUUGAAACAACGCUGUAUGGAUUUACCAAACACAUCACGCUCAUUUCGCAUGUGCCUAAGAAAGGAAGAGCAGUAA